CCUAGCCUUAGCACGCAGCUACACAAACUCUAGUUGUGGACGAAUUGUUGACCACGAUUUUUCUUUGACCGGCCCAUAUUUAAAGCCUAAACUUCGGUUUAAAAAAGCAGAACACUAAAUGCGACACUGCAUAAUUUGCAGGCAUCAAUAAUACCCACUACAAAUGCAAGCAGGUUUGGGGAUUGGGCACUAAGAGAAAAAACCUUCAAAAUGCCUGCAAAGAGAAUAAGUAUUAAUCCUAGUAGGAGGACUACUCGUGGUAAUAAAGUUAGCCCUUUUGAUUGUCUUCAUGAUGAUCUGAUAAUAUUACUCAUGGGCAAGCUCAUAUCUACUGCAGAGACUCCCACCCAUCUCGUCAAUGCAAUGCUCACGUGUAGAAGAUUUUCUUCAAUGGCAAAGGAUCCACAGGUUCUUGUCCAUGCUUCAAUUGGAGUUCUUGAAGUUAAGGCAUCAAAGUGGUCUGAGGAGUCUCAUCGGUUUUUGAAACAAUGUGCCGAUGCAGGCAACCGGGAAGCCUGUUACAUUCUUGGAAUGAUUCAAUUCUAUUGCCUCAUGAAUAGGGGUUUAGGAUUGGCACUGAUGGCUGAGGCAGCCAUUGCAUCACAUCCGGUGGCUCUAUAUUCCUUGGCCGUUAUUCAUUUCAAUGGUAGCGGAGGUUCAAAAAGGGACAAGAACCUAAAGACUGGUGUAAUUCUUUGUGCGAAAGCAGCAGCUCUUGGCCAUAUAGAUGCAAUCAGAGAACUUGGCCAUUGCCUGCAAGAUGGUUAUGGUGUCAAGAAAAAUGUUAAAGAAGGGCGUCGAUUUUUGGUCGAAGCUAAUGCGAGAGAAGCAGAAGCUGCUGCUAAACAAUCAUCAGCUUUUGCCACAAUGAUUUUUAAGUCAGAUUCCUCAAAAUCCAAUUGUAAUUGUUCAUACCUACAGUGUCGAUCCCAAAAACAUAAGCUAGACUGUUCCCCAGAGAAUUGUAAUAGAAACCAGCAUUCUGAAACUGUUUUUUGUAAUACCAUUGGUGGUACAUUGCUUAGUGAUUUUGGUUACAAUGUUCCACCUGCAAAGGUGCAUUAUGCAAAUACUUUUCUGGUGGAUUGGUUUUCUUUGCAUUGCCCGCCACCAGGUAAUGGACUUUGCUCCUAUUCUUUGUGUGGGCGGCCUGAGACCAGAAGGCAUGAGUUUAGAAGAUGUUCUGCAUGUGGUUCAGUUAAUUAUUGCUCUCGUGCUUGCCAAGCUUUGGACUGGAAAAUCCAGCACAGAUAUAACUGUGCUUCUGAAGCAGAUUGGGAAGAACAAGAGGAAUUAGAUAUUGGUGAGGAUGAUGAAGAGCACCCUAUUGUUACUGAUGAAAUCAAUGAUGCAUAAAAGAUACUUUUUGAAGACAGUUAUGCCUAUUACUGUCCUGAUUCAUUUCACCAAUGUGGGGCUUUGCUUUGGCACCUUUGUACUUGCUUAUCAAGUGCCCCUAAAACUAGGCUUUGUCGACCCCUUACCAUACCAGCAAGUCUUGGCAAUAUUGGACUUGCUUACCAGGUGUACCCAAAAUUAGGCUUUGUUGACCCCUUAUCGUAACAGCAAGUCUUAAUUCAGACUCAAGAGUAUACCUUGGAAAUUGGAGCUGAAGAUCUCUUUGGAUAGGCAUCAAAGUCUCUCAGAAUCACACUGUACUUUAAGUCAUAACGAGCUCCAACUAUAUGAUGCUCUUUAAAUGAGAAGCAUCGCAAGCUCCUUGCACUCAUGAGAAGACAUACAUAUACUUGGAGAACUUUUCAAUUGAAUAACAUUCAAUGUAGCGGUAUUUGAAUGAUAAAAGUUGUUUGUGAUCUUGCAAA